AUCCAGCUGCGGAGUUAUUAAAUGUCAGUAAGACGUCUUUAGUUAACCUCAAACUCCUGAAAAGACUGUAAUUGAGUUAAGUUAGGAAGAUUAUUACCAGAUGUAAAAAACUUUUUUUUUUAGUUUCUUACAGCGAGAAAUCUUGCUUUAACGAGCGUGAUACACAAAUAAUAAUCGUAACCCUUGACAUCCAGAAACAUAUCAAGCCCUAGUUAACCAAACAUAUUUUCCGCGGCCUGUCCUUCGUUCAGAACGCUUGGUGUGAACGUUAACCGAAAGAUAAAUAUAAAUGUUAUCUUUUAUUAUUUAGUCAACGAAGGGAGUCGGUCGCACAUUUUGUUGCGAGUCAAAAAAAAGAUGUUGUAGUCGUCUUUAAUAUGUUCACCACGGCAAAAUAACUGAGAUGUACAAAAAGCUGAAAAAUAGAACCAACAGAAGAACUUCGAAUUAAAAACACGAAAAGUAACACUUAAAAUGCUUCCAGGGUAAGCAGAUAUUAUUCAAUUAUGUAAAUCAGGUGAAUCGACAAUCCUGCAAUAGAGAUUGUAUCAGAUCUGGCAAUGAUCCUUUAAAUUGAUAAUUGUUAUUAAAACCAAGUUGAGUCGCUGUUUGUUAUAUUUCGAUACAGCUUCAAAUUGAGAGAUGAUCAAAAAGAAAUUUCAAUCCUCGCCACAGGUUUGAAGAAUUUAAAGCCCUUUCGACUGCUUGAGAUAGUAGUUAAUUGCUUCAGAAAUGAAACAGAUUGACCUCGAUGACAGAUCGCAUAAAACAAAAUCUGUUGACGGGGUUAAGGAUAAUAGAUAAACAAAAAAAAUAUGCGGUCUGGCUCUUGCUUACAAGCUCUUUGAUAAUGCGAUUAAUAAAACAGGAGGUACGCGUAGAAUAUCUGGUUAGAAACGCACACAGUCUGCCGAGGCAACGCCGAAGAUGCUACCUUUCUAUGGGAAGCCAUCAAAUUUGGAAGCCUUUCCAGCUACACCGAAACAUUUACGCAGGGGGACUGCAACUUUAAUUCUACGCAGACGGAAUGAAGAGCAACUGACCCCGAAAACAGAAAGCAACAGUAUUAGAAGCAAGCAACUGUUACUCCGAGAGGAAAAGCUACAAAUUAAUGUCAGCGGAAGACGGUACGAAAUAUCUUUACAGCAACUUCAGAAUUUUCCGAAAAGUUUGCUAGCCGAUCCUGCAAAGCGAGAACUGUACUAUGACGUAGAAAAUGGCGAACUAUUCUUCGACAGAAAUCGAACUACUUUUGAAAGCGUGUUCUACUUUUACGCAACAAGUGGAAUGUUAGUUUUUCCUACAAAAACGUUUUGCCAGCAGCUUGUGGCAGAUGAAUUGCAUUUCUUUGGACUUUACGAUUAUUUGAGCCCGGAAGAGAAACAUUACAACUUACCUCUUCCUAGCGCGGUGAAGCGUGACAGUCCAAGGGAGACUUGUCGACAAAAGUUUUGGGAAUUAUGCGAGAUUCCCGAAUCUAGCCCGCUUGCACGAAUCACCAGUUUAUUCUCGCUGGUUGUCAUAGUAUUUGCUGUUGUCAUUCUGUGCAUAGAAACCCUGCCAAGUGUGCGAAAUUUGGAUUCCGAACAGGACGUCUACAACACUCGUACGAACCUAAGCUUGGGAGCAAACCGAAACACUAGUCAGCCAACCUACAACAGCACCUCACAUAAUGCCCUGAAAUAUUUCAUCUUGCGAGCUGAAGAAUUUUGCAUGGCUUGGUUCACGGUAGAACUAGUAGCGCGCUUUGUUAUUUCUCCACAAAAGGGCAGAUUUCUGCGAAGGUUUUUAACCGUCGUAGAUAUCGCAGCGAUUCUUCCGUUCUAUAUUUCCUUGAUGACGUCUAAGAGCCAAGUCGUGCCCAUUUUCGUCAUCAAAAUCUUCCACCUUUCAAAGAUCUUCCGAGUGCUAAAAAUCUCGCGCUACAUGUCCACAAUGAAAGUACUCGGUAAAACCGCCAGAGCGUGUCUGUUCGAUCUUUGGACGGUUUUUUCGCUAACGCUUAUCGGAACAAUUUUAUUCGGCAUUAUAGUGUACUACUGCGAGCAGUGGGACAAAACUACAGCGUUCCACAGUAUUCCUGACGCAUGCUGGUGGGCAGUGGUCACGAUUACGACACUGGGCUAUGGUGAUAUGGUCCCGAAUACUCUAGCUGGCAAGAUUGUUGGCGGAGCAUGUUCUCUUUCAGGCGUUAUUCUCAUCACACCACUGCUGCCAAUCAUUUUCAACAAGUUUAGCCGGUUUCAAAAACUGGAAGACAGCAAGCCAAUAUCCCAGUGUUGGUCUACAGAGUAAGCGAAACGACUUAAAAGUAUCUACAGUGAAUAACGACUCUA